AGCCGCUCAAAUCUGUUCAAGCCCUUUGGGUGACACACGUCGAUCAUUGCCGAAGCGGAGUCAUGGCAGCCUACUCGUACCCAGCAGACACUGCUCCCGUCCAGUAUGUCAUGGCUGAUGGUUCUCAAGUAUAUGCCGAUGCCGCACCAACCUACACCAUGGAUCCAGGGGCAUAUGUGAUGCAAGGUGCUCCGGGUGCUCCAAUGAUGUAUUCUCCAUCUCCCUACUCCAUUCCAGUUGGAGCAUCCUCGGUGCAGGCAGUGCAACCUAGCAUGUACACGACGUCACCCUAUGGUGGGUAUCCUAUGAUGGAUGGCUUGGAUCAUUCCCAGGGGAAGUGGUUUGCACCAGGCGAAGCACUCCCCCCCGGCUUUGUCGUCACGGCACAUCCAGAGGGUCACAUUGCCCCGCAAGAGGGCCAUGCUAUGACUGACAUGGCGCGUGAGAGCUUUGUGGUCACUGGCACAUCUGGCACCGCCCCAGAGACCAAGGCCAAGGCCUCCAAGCCCAAGAAGAGCAAGAAGAAGAAGGCAAGCGGCUGCUGCUAGAUGCUUCGAUGCUUCCAGAAGCUGCAGCAAGACUAUUCUCAUGGUCCCUUUGAGGGUGCAAGUCCAAUGUCCUUGCGAUGGCAGGACAUGACAGAAUAAGUGCGCCUUACUUGCCUAGAGGGCCUCCAAUCAUCUUCAAUCUCCCUUUGACCUCCAGACUGAGAGUACUACUCUCAGGACAGGAGUAAAGCAAAUGCUCAAGACUCAAGAUGAUACAAAAGAGGGCUUUCGCAGAUCUAGACU